ACCGGUUUGUAGUGGCCACCGUCGUUCUGAAUUCAAUAGUAGUGUAAUCGCCGGCGGCGAUUCUGCUCAUUUGUUCGAUGUCCUCUCCAUCAGCGGUCGCCGAUCUCUUGGCCGCGCUUGCCUACCGGCUCCAGAAUGGAAAUCGAGUUGUCGAAGAAGAACUGGAACAGUCUUGCUCGUCUUUGGGACUCGCUAUCUCGGAGCUUCACCGAUCUCUGACUCUGGACAUCGGCGGCGAGGAUUCUGGGAUUAGAGUUUUGGAUGCGGCGAUAUCUCUAAUGUGUUUCAAGGCACCUCAGGUUUUUGAUUCGGCGAUUGAGUAUUUGGUGCAAACAAUUGUUUGCGUCUUAUCAUCUUCAGUCAAUUGUAAGGUCCUUAGGUAUCGAAACGAUGAAAUAUUACAGUUUGGAAGCUCGAAUUUACCUCACUGCUCUGAAGAAUUGAUCGAAAUCUCUAAGGACAUUAUCGAUAAACUGGGGGCAAACGGAAGAUUGACUACAUUGUUGUUUCAAGCUGUUGUAAGAUCAGCAGCUUCAACAUCAUGCAGCGUUAUCGCGCAUAGAAAUUCAGUGGAUAGAAGAAAUAGGGCUGUCUCCAAACUUCUUGCUUACUUACCGAUAGAAUCAUCUAUAGAGGACCACGAGACACCACUGAGGAUCCUGUUCUGGUAUCAAGAUCCAUUGUCUUUCAAGGAAGAUAUUUCCAGAAUUUUGAAAGAUGUGGUGGAGAGGCCUUUCCUUUGUCUAAAGAAGGAGCUCUUCGAGAGUGCAGAGUGGCGCGAUAUUGUCAUCUGCUUAGCCCUCUCUCCUUCUAUGUUUAUCAACGCCAGAGCCCUCUUACAUAAAUGGUUUUUGCUUACGGGACUUGCUACAGUCUUCGAAUUACUUGCCGCGUUGGUCUCUGCAAUAGUGGACACAAUUUCAAGACCAUCGUUGUGGGGUAUACCAAUGCAACUAGCUUCCUUGUUGCCAUUCUCUGAUGCAUACUUUCCUUUCCAGUGUCAAUUUCUGAGAAUCUUGGCUGGUCCUUUCACCUCCAACUCCCUCGUAAUGUUAGCUCAUACUGUCAGUGUACCAUUUGCUGUUCAUGGGCGACAACGACGGGAUACUAAUUGCAAGCCUACUCCAGCAAAAUUUCAAGCAUUGGAUGACAAAACCGAAUGGGCUUUGGCUAUUAACUUCCCAGAAUGGUUUUAUUUUGCUUCUGUUAUGCUCUUCUCAGAAGGAAAUUCGUUAGAAAAUAUCCACCAUAGAUACACUUCACAAGUGGCUGAUGCAUGUGAUGUGGAAGAUCUCUCCAUUGGUGCGGCUACAUACAUUGCUUGGAUUCUAAACCCUGUAAAAGGAACCAUUCAAGAAUCACUAAGUAAGUCUCUCAUUAGAGUCUCAGAGAUAUGUACCCAAAAACGUUGCUGCUCAGAAGCACAUUCUAGUGAGACUAUAACUGGCAAGAGAAAAAAACGAGAUAGGCUCGAUUCUGGCAAAUUAAAGGCUUCCAGUAUUGUGGAAGACCUGGUCAGAGAAUUUCACAGCAAAGUCACCAGUUCAUUUUCUUAUGAAUUAGAUUCUCGUAAAACGCAUCCAUCUUUGAGCUCUGGCCUUCGAAACAAUUUUUUGGUUAGAAGUGUGGUGGUUGGCGUACUGAUUGGUUCUCCAUAUUCAGUAACAGAUGAGGAGUGUGAAAUGGUACUGCACUAUGUUGCAACUGGGAAAGUUCUCGCCAUUAAGAAAUCACGGAUUAGCGGAUUCAAACAAGCAAAGGGAUGCCCUAAAUUAACUGCUUUGUUGUCAAAUGAAAUUACCAAGGAGGAGGCAAUUGAAGGCGCACGUCUUGUUUUCAACUUAACCGACACUCUGGAGAGUAUGUGUGUAUCAAGUUUUGAAGCUGAAGAGGAUGCCCAGGAGUUUAUUAACCAGUUUAAGCUAAGAUCCAGCAAGUAUUUGGUCAAAUGCAUCGACCGCCUGAUUCAACUUCACUGUGAAGAAGAUGGAGAUACAAUACUAAAUGACCUGCAUAUCAGACUGCUACAAUGGACGAUAAAAGGACCAGAAGAUCCGCAGCUCAACGAAGAUCUUGAUAUCAUCACUGCUAAAUUGACCUGCAUAUUCUCGCUCGUCUAACUGCCAUCCUUCAUCCCGACUUGUGUCAUAUUUGGUGGUACACAUGUUUUUGGGGAAAAUGGUGAUCAGAUAUGAACUGUUUAAAGCACUCACACGACUGGAAAAAGAUAGUACUGACGUUCAGGUAACUGAACUUGUUUGCCUUCUUUUGUUUAUUUUUUAAAAUACUAGCACAAUCAGAAGUACGAUAUCUAGUUCACUAGUUUGUUUAGAGCCUACAAGUUCUAAUGGAGCUUUAAAUUUAAUAUUAUUCCUCUUUUGAACAGACCCUUUGUUUUUUUCUUCUUACUGUUACACUAUCUUUGAUCAUCAUAACAUGCUUACUUUUGACCCUUUAUAUUUUAGCUCCACAAAUUCAUUUGUCUGGAUUGGACCAGAGGAAUUGGACGAUUAGAUGGUGAGCCUUGCAACUACUUGAUGCCUUUUGUCAUGCUCGUAGACUGAGUUUUCGUCACAAGUUUUUCUUUAUUUCUAUUGUGUGAAUCCCUAACUAGGGAUAAAGACAAGAGGGGCCAUGGGAAAGAUUAUAUGUCUAUUGGGUUUUGGGAGUGACAACAGGUAAGAAGAAAUACAGAGAAGAAGAUUCUGUAAAUCAUCCAAACCAUGUGGUUUCACUUUCAGACAAGAAGUGUCAGAUGCCAACUCUAGACGACCCCACACCAAUCCACUUGGAGUUGGAGAACCUUACAUGAAAGCAGUUCGUAAUUUCGUAUACAUAUGUACCGCAGCAGAGAUUUUACCCCUCACUAGUUUCUUGUUUUAUACUUACCAUUUUUUUAU